GCCUCUCCCACUCGGCAGCCCCGGCGCCCGGCGCUGGCUCUCCAGCUGUUUGUAGGCCCGGGGGUGAGGGUCGGAGGGAGGGAGUGCCGGUCGCGGCCGGGAGAGCGGAGACCUGGAGUUGUUCGACUUGGUGGAGGAGGUGCAGCUCAACUUCUACCAGUUCCUCGGGGUGCAGCAGGAUGCUUCAUCUGCAGACAUCAGAAAAGCAUAUCGUAAGCUUUCACUAACUUUACAUCCAGACAAGAAUAAAGAUGAAAAUGCAGAAACUCAGUUUAGACAAUUGGUGGCCAUUUAUGAAGUUUUAAAGGAUGAUGAACGAAGGCAGAGGUAUGAUGAUAUUCUGAUCAAUGGACUUCCAGAUUGGCGACAGCCUGUAUUCUACUACAGGAGGGUGAGAAAAAUGAGCAAUGCUGAGCUGGCAUUACUCUUGUUCAUUAUUCUCACAGUGGGUCAUUACGCUGUGGUUUGGUCAAUCUACCUGGAAAAACAACUGGAUGAACUGCUUAGUAGAAAAAAGAGAGAAAAGAAAAAAAGAAUGGGAGGCAAGAGUGUGGACGUAUCAAAACUGGGCGCUUCAGAAAAAAAUGAAAGAUUACUGAUAAAACCACAAUGGCAUGAUUUGCUUCCAUGCAAGCUGGGAAUUUGGUUUUGCCUUACGCUAAAAGCAUUGCCUCAUCUAAUCCAGGAUGCUGGGCAGUUUUACGCUAAAUAUAAAGAAACAAAAUUGAAGGAAAAAGAAGAUGCACUGACUAGAACCGAACUUGAAACACUUCAAAAGCAGAAGAAAGUUAAAGUUAAAAAGCCAAAACCUGAAUUUCCUACAUACACACCUUUAGAAAGCACGUAUAUCCAGUCUUACGAUCAUGGAACUUCUAUAGAGGAAAUUGAGGAGCAAAUGGAUGAUUGGCUGGAAAACAGGAAUAGAACACAGAAAAAACAGGCACCUGAAUGGACAGAAGAGGACCUUAGCCAGCUGACAAGAAGUAUGGUUAAGUUCCCAGGAGGGACCCCAGGUCGAUGGGAAAAGAUUGCCCACGAAUUGGGUCGAUCUGUGACAGAUGUGACAACCAAAGCCAAGCAACUGAAGGAUUCUGUUACCUGCUCCCCAGGGAUGGUCAAGCUUUCCGAACUCAGGUCCUCGGCCCAGACCCCCAGGCCCACGAAGGCCGCCGUGGCUCUGCCCGACGACAUCAUCACCCAGCGGGAGGAGGACGCCGAGGCCCCUGAGGUCGCCGAGAUCCCCGAGGCCCGGGCGCGGCGGCGCCGGCUGGAGGAGAAGGCGCGCGGGCGGAGGCAGCGGGACUUCGAGGAGGAGGCGGGGGCGCAGGCCGAGUCCAGCGACGAGGACGACGAGGACGAGCAGCGGCGGGAGCGGCCGUGGACGCAGGGCCAGCAGCGGCUCCUGGAGCUGGCCCUGCAGCAGUACCCGCGCGGCGCCGCCGACCGCUGGGACAGGAUCGCCCGCUGCGUCCCCGCCAAGAGCAAGGAGGACUGCAUCGCCAGGUACCGGCUGCUGGUGGAGCUGGUGCAGAAGAAGAAACAAGCGAAAAGCUGAGAGCACCGAGGACGACGCCCGCCCUCGUUUUCCAAAAGGAAUAUUUGAAAACUCUUAUGCAGAAACUUGCAUUUUGUACCUCAGUAUUUCUAUACGUCAUGUGCCUUAGUAAAGAAAUAAAUAAGAGACGUGUGCGCUGCUGUGGAA